GCCUCGUCAUGGGACCAGGAGAAAUAUCCAAAAGUCCAAAGCUAGAGUUGCCAGGUGGAGCCGUAGAAGCGAAACAGUCGGCCUGGACCGACACUGGAAUCCAAUUACCGGGUACAAAGGGUAUCAUUAAGGAACGUGGGAUACUCUCAUCGAAUCGCGGCAGCUCCGUGAGCCCUUAGCUUUUGGCUCGGGAGUGGGCGACGCAUUCCUCAGAUCUGUUACCCAACGUUUGAUCCAGGCGAUAUCUCCCUUCCUCGAAACGGUACCUACACGCGCGGCUCUCACUGGCUGCAACUG